CUCGUGUUGUAUCGGAGGCUGCAACGGAGGCUGUUAAUCUCCCCACUGUUUAUUCAACGUCCCUUGAUCGUUCCCAGGUGGCCAAAUCAUCAAUCCUGUCCUCUGAUUGGUCAGAUCUAAAGGUGCAUGGCUCCUAUUGGUUGAUGUGUGCGGGAGCAGCGCUUUGAAUCCUCUGGGACCGCCCCCCCUGGGACCAGCCAACAGCAAGUACACUAUACUCAUUAUUCCGUUCAGUCUGGCGAUAGAAGAAACUUUGAGUCUCAGGGCAUAGCGGAGUAAACCUCUAGAGAGAACACAGCUCUCAAGGGACCCGGAGCAACCAACCAAACCCAACCCAGGCUUAGACGCAAACUUUGUAAACAAACCAACAAUCAAACAGACUUCAAAGUGAAUUACAUAAUCCACGUACCUUCUCUCUCUCUCUCUCUCUCUCUUCCUCCUCCUUUAGGUUGAGUAGUGGUGGACAGUGUAUAGUGUUGAUAUGACAAUGUUUGGGGCAAUGCACGGGGGCGGGGGCACACUGUCUCUCAAAGCAGAGUCCUUGGACCCUAGAACCUGGAUGCAGCAACAGCAGGCCAUACCUCAGAUGCAGGAUCAACCAGGGUGUGGCCUAGUAAGAGCAGAGUUUACGAAGCAACCUCCUUCAAAUCUCCGAAAAUCGAAUUUCUUCCAUUUUAUGAUUCAAUUUUACGACAGGGCUGGUCAACAAGUGGAGAUUGAACGAACAAGUUUUAUUGCUUUCUGUGACGAAGGCGAGGUAAAAACAAAAUAUUAUUAA